AUGGAGACUAAACAUGAGACUGCAGCCCAGACUGCUCUGGACUUGGAGCGGGAAAGACAGUAUUGUGAACUUUGUGGGAAAAUGGAGAAUCUCCUCAAGUGCAGCCGGUGUCGGAACUCGUUCUACUGCAGCAAGGAACACCAGAAGCAGCACUGGAAAAUGCACAAACUCCUCUGUAAAGAAUCUGAGGCGAAGUCGCAGGUUUCAAACCAGAAGCCUGCUGAACGUCGGGUACCGUCUGGGGAUGGGGGGACAGAGGGACAGACACUACCGCCACAAAAAGGACCACCAGCGGAGCUGAAGACACGCGUCGAACCCGACAACACCGCAUCUCGGAGCGGAGAGACUAGAAUGAAAGGUUUUAUAACUAACGCAGAGUGCUCGGGGUCCUCGGUCGAUCAGCCAGGCGGGUCUAAUAACAAUACCAAACCCAACGGACAAACCACCACCCGGUCCACGCCGCAGAAACUCGCCAUGGAGUACAUAGUCCCGUGUAUGACUAAGCAUGGGAUCUGUGUAGUUGACAACUUCCUCGGCGGGGAAACGGGGCUGGCCAUCCUGGAGGAUGUCAAGGUGCUGCAUAAAACCGGGAAGUUUACCGACGGUCAGUUGGUCAGUCAGAAAAGUGACUCCACUAAAGACAUUAGGGGGGAUAAGAUCACAUGGAUCGAGGGCCGAGAGGCCGGCUGUGAGAAGAUCCGCUUCCUCAUGAGCCGUAUGGAUGAUCUGGUCAGACAUUGUAACGGUCAGCUGGGAAACUUUACAAUAAAUGGAAGGACUAAAGUAAGUAGCCAGGUUAAGUUAAAGCUGCGAUAUGAAACUUUUUGGCCGACCCGACCAAAUUCACAUAGAAUUGUGAGUUAUAUAUCUGUCAUUCUCAUUGAAGGCGAGUCUUAAGAGGCUGUUUCUAUGUACCCCAUUAAGUUUUUAGUUUUAGUGUCUUUUACUUUCGGAUUUGUACAUAAGCAAAAAUAUUGCAUUUUCAGCUGAUGUUACAUUUAUUUAACAGCUUUUGUUUAGAUAGCACAAUGAUUCUCUACACUAUACUUGAUUUGUUUUGUCACAUAAACUGAAAUUAGUCGAACUAGUAGAAUUUUAGCAACCAGGAAAUGGCGGAGCGAUUUCUGCAUUAUGCAUCUUUUAAUUAAAUCACAAUGUUUCCUAAGUCGUCAUAUAGCCUGUAUACAUCAUGUAUUUCAGCCUAUAGGCCUGUACCAUGCAUGACUACAGUAUGGAACAGGUCCAUACAUUCAUUCAACCAGGUAGCAGGUAGCUUAGUGGUAAAGCGCGUUGUGCCAGUAACCGAAAGGUCGCUGGUUGUAAUCCCCCAGCCAACUAGGUGAAAAAUCUGUCGAUGUGCCCUUGAGCAAGGUACUUAACCCUAAUUGCUCCUGUAAGUCGCUCUUAGUCUGCUAAAUGACUAAAAUGUAAAUGUAAUGUAAAUGAUAUACCAUGGUAAGCGUGCGCUACAUGACCAAAAGUAUGUGGACACCUGCCUGUCGAACAUCUCAUUCCAAAAUCAUGGGCAUUAAUAUGGAGUUGGUCCCCCUUUGCUGCUAUAACAGCCUCCACUCUUCUGGGAAGACUUUCCACUAGAUGUUGGAACAUUGCUGCGGGGACUUGCUUCCAGUCAACCACGAGCAUUAGUGAUUAGUAGCACUGAUGUAGGGCGAUUAGGCCUGGAUCACAGUUGCCGUUCCAAUUCGUCCCAAAGGUGUUCAAUGAGGUUGAGGGCAGGGCUCUGUGCAGGCCAGUCAAGUUCUUCCACACCAAUCUCGACAAACCAUUUCUGUAUGGACCUCGCUUUGUGCACGGGGGCAUUGUCAUGCUGAAACAAGCUGUUGCCACAAAGUUGGAAGCACAGAAUUGUCUAGAAUGUCAUUGUAUGCUGUAGCAUUAAGAUUUCCCUUCACUUGAACUAAGGGGCCUAGCCCAAACCAUGAAAAACAGCCCCAGCCCAUUAUUCCUCCUCCACCACACUUUACAGUUGGCACUAUGCAUUGGGGCAGGUAGCGUUCUCCUGGCAUCCGCCAAACCCAGAUUUGUCCGUCAGACUGCCAGAUGGUGAAGCAUGAUUCAUCACUCCAGAGAACGCGUUUCCACUGCUCCAGCGUCCAAUGGUGGCGAGCUUUACACAACUCCAGCUGACGCUUGGCAUUACGCAUGGUGAUCUUAGGCUUGUGUGCGGCUGCUCUGCCAUGGAAACCCAUUUCAUGAAGCUCCCAACAAACAGUUCUAAUGCUGACGUUGCUUCCAGAGGCAGUUUGGAACUCGGUAGUGAGUGUUGCAACCGAGUACAGACAAUUUUUACGUGCUACGUGCUUCAGCACUCGGCGGUCCCGUUCUGUGAGCUUGUGUGGCCUACCACUUCGCGGCUGAACCGUUGUUGCUCCUAGACGUUUCCACUUCACAAUAACAGCACUUACAGUUGACUGGGGAAGGUUUAGCAGGGCAGACAUUUGACGAACUGACUUGUUGGAAAGGUGGCAUCCUAUGAUGGUGCCACGUUGAAAGUCACUGAGCUCUUCAGUAAGGCCAUUCUACUGCCAAUUUUUGUCUAUGGAGAUCGCAUGGCUAUGUUCUCGAUUUUAUACAUCUGUCAGCAACGGCCAUGGCUGAAAUAGCCGAAUCCAUUAAUUUGAAGGGGUGUCCACAUACUUUAGUAUGUGUUAAAGUUGAGUUUAUUCACCAUUAAUCCACAGCUAUAUUACACCUGUAAUACUUUUGACCAGGGCCUUAUGGGUCUAG